AUGAGCAAGUCAAACAGGCCACAACAACACGGACGCGCCACAUUUUGCUCAUCACAACAAUCAUCACAACAAAAUGAACCUAGUACUUUACCACAAUCAUCACAACAACUACCUUCGGGUGAAACUCAACAAACAAAAUCAUCGGAACAACAAAUCAUCAAAAUGUCACAAGAUGAGCUACAACAACUCACAAACAAGAAUUUAAAAGAAUUAUGUAAACAAUAUCAUGUUAGGACAUCAGGAAACAAACAACAAUUAGUCCAAACUAUAAUGAACUUCUACGCAUCACUUAAUCCAAACGCAUCUCAAAAUGAGUUUGAAGGGAAUCUACGGAGCAUUAAAAAAUUGAAAAAAUCUACAAACAAUAAUUCAUCAGCCGAAACCAAGGAAACUAAGAAAAGAAAGAAAUCAAUGACAUCAAGUAGAUUAAUUGAGAAAUCAAAAAAAAAGAAAAAAUCAAGUAUUGUUUGCGAAGAAUGUAAUAAGAAAUUUGCAAGCAAAAAAGCUCUCCUCUCCCACAACAAAGACAAGCAUGGUUAUAUUCCUGAAGGCUGGAAAAAAGCACCGGAAUUCUGUAAUCCAUACAUCACCAAAGAAUGUGGCAAACCGUCAAACAAAGUUACAAACGGAAAUAGUUUUGAAUUAUUCAAACAAUUAUACACUGCUGAGGUGGAAAAGCAUAUUUUAGAAAAAACUAAUUUAAAAUGUGCUGAAUUGAAAAAACCUGAGGUUACCUUGCAGGAAUUGAACUAUUAUUUUGCGAUUACUUUUACAAUGGGGCUUAUCAAAAUGCCGGAGUUGGCACAUUAUUGGACAAAGGAAGAGGAAUAUUUAUUUGGGAACGGAUUAAUUCGCAACAUAAUGACCAAGAAACGUUUUCGAGAAAUUCAUCAAUGCAUAUCAUACGAUAUUGAUUGGAUAUUAGACACGUUUUGCAACCUGCUUCAUGAGUGUUGGAUCCCAAGUAAUAUUGGGGUUGUUGAUGAAUGUAUUAUAUUGUUCAAAGGACGGUUUAAGGGAAGACAACACGUCCGUGGUAAACCACAUGCCACAGGUUUAAAAUUAUUUAUUCUAUGUGACAGUUUCGGGAUGCCGGUUUGGUUUUGGUUAUACAGAGGGAAAAAUAAUGAGCAUAACCUUAGUACUACCGUAGUUGAUUAUGUUAUGGAUUUGGCCAAGAAACUUCCAGAUUACAACACAAGAAAGUACGCAAUAAUUACUGAUCAAUUUUACGGAAGUUUGACAUUAGCUGAGCAAUUGAAACAAAAUAACUUUGAAUUUGUAUUGAGUUGCCAAAGUAAUCGGCCUUCCGAAAUAUUUUCCAAUUAUUUGCAACCGGAUCUCAAACAGAAAGGAGAUCAAAGCUUUAUUGUUAGAAAUGAUAACGCUUUUGCAGCACUCUCAGUGUUUGAUUCUGGUAAAUGUAAUUUUAUGGCGUCUGUUGGGUCCACUUCAAUUCCAAGAGAAGAAUUAGAACGUGUCAAAGCCAAAAGGUCUAACAAAACACCAAGAUGUGACAUUUUACGAUUUUAUAACAUGAACAUGGGAAGUGUUGAUUCAUUUGACGCUGCAUUGAAUUUGUACCAUUUUCGAAGUAGACAUAGAAGUUGGAAACGAUGCAUGUUUUUUGCAAUGAUGAAGACACUUGUGGUUGGUUCUCACAAAUUAUAUCAAUAUUUCCAUAUGGGACCCAAUAACCGAAAGCCUCAACAAUUAGGCCAUUUGGUUGCCAUUAUUUACAGCCUUAGUGAUCGACAACCUCGGUAUAAGGAAAUUUCAACGUUGCAACAUUUUCCAAUGUUGACCCAACAACCCAAACCAUGUGAAUUUUGUAAGAGAAAAGGAAUUCGUUCCAACACCACUUUCAAAUGCAGCGCAUGCGCUAAACAUGCCCACUCACAUUGUUGGUUUCAAUACCAUACGUGUGGAAUAUAA